AUGAUUGGUAAAAUAUUAAUUAUAAUUUUUGCUGCGAUUAAUUACAAAGCACUACCAUUAGCGUAUUAUGUUAGAUUUUAUCAUACUGUGUUGAUCGCUUUGGUUAUACCAUACUACUCGAAAGGUGCUAGUAACCCUUUGAUCAAAAAGUUGAGUGAUAACAAAUAUGGUUGUUUUUCCCAUACUAUAAUGAACAGUUAUAAUUCCAUACUUGAAACUGAUAUGUACCUGCAUAAAAGCAACAGUACCUAUUUUGUUGAUAUGGAUAUUGCUAGAACUGAAUUAAUGAGUAAGAUAUUCAAUAAAAUUUUCAUGAAGAUGAGGAAAUGGCCUUAUGUCCCAGUUGCAUCAAUUACAGCAGUUUUCAAAAAAGAAAUUAGACCAUUGGAAAAGUUUAGAAUUGAAAGUAAUAUUUUAUGUUGGGAUGAAAAGUGGAUCUAUGUUGUUUGUAAAUUUUAUAAGCAUAAAGAUGUGUUAUGUACCUAUGGAUUGACUCAAUAUGUUAUUAAAGAUGGCAGAAAAACCAUUUACCCUAAAGAUGCUUUAGAAACUUGUGGAUUAUAUAACGAGGAAGUUGCUGCUAUUUCUGCCAAAAACCUGAAAAUUUUGGUUGAGGAAAAUGGGUUGACACAUCCUGAGAAAUUGAUUUCUUUGGAACAUAGAUUUGAGAGAAUUUGA